AUGGCGUCUUUACAGGCGGCGGCCACGCUGAUGCAGCCGGCGAAGUUCGUCCAGCUGAGGAAGCCGGCGGCGCUGCCGCCGGGCGGCCUCUCCAAGGCCUUCGGCAUCGAGCCCUCCUCCGCCAGGCUCACCUGCUCCCUCCAGAACGACGUGAAGGACUUCGCACAGAGAUGCGCGGACGCCGCCAAGAUCGCCGGCUUCGCUCUCGCCACCUCCGCCCUCGUCGCCGCGGUAAGCUCUCCCUCUCCCCUUCCUUCCUUCCUUCCAUCCCCUGCUGAUAAGAUCCGGCCGACGAUGGAGCUUGAUCUAACUGGAUUUUGGAAACAUCCGUGGGUGGGAUGUGGUUGAGCAGGGCGGGGCGAACGCGGAGGGAGUGCCGAAGAGGCUGACCUUCGACGAGAUCCAGAGCAAGACCUACAUGGAGGUGAAGGGAACAGGGACGGCGAACCAGUGCCCCACUAUCGACGGCGGCGUGAACUCGUUCCCCUUCAAGGCCGGCAAGUACAACCUGAAGAAGUUCUGCCUGGAGCCGACCUCCUUCACUGUCAAGGCGGAGGGCGUCAGCAAGAACGCGCCAGCCGAGUUCCAGAAGACCAAGCUGAUGACCCGCCUCACCUACACCCUCGACGAGAUCGAGGGCCCCUUCGAGGUGGCGUCGGACGGCACUGUCAAGUUCGUGGAGAAGGACGGCAUCGACUACGCCGCCGUCACCGUGCAGCUCCCCGGAGGGGAGCGGGUGCCCUUCCUCUUCACCAUCAAGGAGCUGGUGGCCACCGGCAAGCCAGAGAGCUUCAGCGGCCAGUUCCUUGUGCCCUCCUACCGGGGCUCCUCCUUCCUGGACCCCAAGGGCAGGGGAGGCUCCGCAGGGUACGACAACGCGGUGGCGCUGCCGGCCGGAGGACGGGGAGACGAGGAGGAGCUCGCUAAGGAGAACAUCAAGGACUCCUCCUCCGGCACCGGCAACAUCACCUUCAGCGUGACCAGCAGCAAGCCGGAGACCGGCGAGGUCAUCGGAGUCUUUGAGAGCAUCCAGCCCUCUGACACCGAUCUCGGGUCCAAGGCCGCCAAGGAUGUCAAGAUCCAGGGCAUCUGGUAUGCACAGCUCGAGUCCUAG